UGUAAACUAUUUACGUAUUAUAAACUUUCCAACUCCGCUGGAAAAUCUCCCGUCUCCGUAUCCCCAACUAAAACAAACCAUUCAAUGCUAGACAACCAAGGAAUGACUUGUUGCGAUCUCCGUUUGUUGUCUAAAAUCCAUACAAUUACAACCGCUCAUUGGCAUAUUUCCAGACUCCUUCAUGAGCUUUAUCAGGCGCGGCGUAACUGCACCUCGAUUCCGCACCGCAAUGUCUGGCGAAAAGAUCUAUGAGGGGAUAUUCGCUGUCCACAAACCCCAAGGCAUAUCCUCCGCGGGUGUCGUCCGCGACCUCCAAGCCCACUUCAGCAAAUCCAACACGUUCCGAUCGUGGAUCGAGGACGAGCAGGAACGACGCAAAGCGGACCAAAACUGGCGACGAAAGCGACGGCAACGAUUUCGACCGGACAUCAAAAUCGGCCAUGGAGGCACACUUGACCCGAUGGCGACGGGGGUACUGAUUGCCGGGGUAGGCAAGGGCACAAAGCAAUUGCAGUCAUUUCUGGGGUGUUCGAAGACAUACGAAACGGUGGUAUUAUUCGGUGCGGAGACGGAUACAUAUGACCGGUUGGGGAAAGUGGUGCGGCGAGGGGAGUAUGAACAUGUGACGAGAGGGAUGGUAGAGGAGGCGUUGAGGGACAAGUUUCGCGGAAAGAUCAUGCAGCGGCCGCCGAUUUUUUCGGCGAAGAGGAUUGAGGGGAAGAGGUUGUAUGAGUAUGCGAGGGAGGGGAAGGAGCCGCCCGUGGAGAUUAAGUCGGUGCCAGUUGAGGUGUUUGAUUUGAGGGUGCUGGAGUGGUAUGAGCCGGGGACGCAUGAGUAUAGGUGGCCGGAGGAGGAGAUGGUUGGGGAGGAGAGGGCUGUGGCGGAGAGGAUGCUGGAUAAGGAGGCGGAGAUACCGGUUGCGUCAGCCGCAGAGGCUGAAGUGGUGCAGGCUCAGCCAGCUGUAGGAAAAAGAAAAGCUGCUUCACCGGUGUCUGAAAAGACGGAGUUGGAUGAGGUAUCGAAACGAGUCAAGACGGACGCAGAAACCACUAGGCCUGAGGAAAGCGAGAUCAGUGAAGUUAAAAAAGACACAAAACCGGCAGAAGAAGCAGAAGCAACGAAGGAAACUGAGCCAGAAACAACAUCGACCAACAAAGAUAUGCCCGUUCCUGGCCCAGCAGCAGUAAAGAUCACUAUGACCGUAUCUGGCGGGUUCUACGUUCGAUCGUUAGCACACGAUCUCGGAAAAGCAGUCGGGAGCUGCGGAUUAAUGAGUUCUCUUAUACGCACACGACAAGGUGAUUACAAGCUAGAAGCCGACCAGGUCCUCGCAUACUCCGAAUUGGAGGCUGGCGAGGAAGUUUGGGGACCGAAGGUUCGCCGGCUGCUGGAAGAAUGGCAGAAGAAGGAUGGCACUGCCGAAUGAUAGAUGUAAAUGCACAUACUCCGACUAGGCGUUAGAUGAAUACUGUAUAUAAGGGAAAUGCAAGAUAAACCAGUCAAGAAUUGACGAGCA